CCAACAAUAAGUCACCAAUCUGCGCUUUUAACAGGGCCGUUGACGAAACUGGUCAGUUUCUCUUUUACAAAAAAUGAGAAUUCUGUCCAUUUCAUGCCUGCUAUGGACUAUUCUUUUCAUCGAAAUGUCUCCGCACUAAUCGACAGCCCGAUCGGAUGUGUGUUACUAAGUGUGAUCCUUUAACUGGCUGCAGGGCUGAAGAAAAAUGUCUUUGCGAUGGCGACUGUGGGUAUAGUUGUGUAAAGAGAGAUUUAUCCUGCGGAAGGCCACCACGGGUGUCCAACGCUCGACCUCGGUACCCAGCCACUAAUUUCAGUUCCAUUGUUACUUACGUUUGUAACGAGGGUCACACAUUGUCCGGAGCAGCCAAGAGAACUUGCCGGGCAAAUGGCAGGUGGGACGGCGUGGGACCUAACUGCUUAAAAAUGUGUUCUUUACCAACAAUUCCAUUUUCUACGUACAUCGCAAAGCCCGUAAAUUACACCCGGAGAUACAGGACUGGUGAGAGAAUAACUUUGGCCUGCAAAAAAGGGUUUAAAAAGAAACCGGGCGGUAAUCCUGUAAGAAUCUGCAUCAGCGGGUUGUGGACUCGAUUUCCUUUUCAGUGCGAAGGUACCCACGCGUGUAAAAGAACCAUCCGAGCCCCCAGAACUAAAUGCACACAAGAGUGUAGUCCUCAAAGUGGGUGUGGUUCAGAUAAAUACAAGUGCCUUUGUGAUGGAAGUUGUGGGUUCAGUUGCGUGGAAAUAGGAAUGUCUUGCGGAAAUCCACCGUCAAUCAGCAAUGGCAACCUCGUUUACAAUAACACAAGUUACAACUCAACCGCUCAUUACUCCUGCAAUGAAGGAUACAAUUUGAAUACAGCUCCAGUCAAGAGAUGCACCGCUAAGAAACGCUGGGAAGGCCUCACUCCUAGAUGCUUGAAAGACUGCAAACCCCCAACUAUUCCUAGAAACGCGAACAUUUCAAAUCCGAGCAAAAAAUACCAUUCUGGUUAUAAAGUCACAUUCAAAUGUAAUGAAGGUUACAACCAGGAAGGGAUGGCGACUCAAAUGUGUUUCCUUGGUUCGUGGACCGUGUUGCCUUUCAAAUGUACAGAAGGAGGAUGUGGGGACCCAGGCACACCUGAGAAUGGUCGGAAGCUGGGAGUCACCUAUUCUGUUAAUAGCAAGGUCUACUUUGAUUGUGACUUGGGCUAUGAACUAGAGGGGUCAGCAGACCGCAAGUGUCAACUAAAUGGAACUUGGACAGGAAUUCAACCAGAUUGUAAAGUUGUAAAUUGUGGCUUUCCGCCUCGACCAAAGAAUGGAACAUUUAUUGGUAACGAAACAACUUUCAGAAGUGAGCUCGAAUUCAGAUGUGACGAAGGUUUUGAAUUGCAAGGCAGUGCCAGAAGAAUGUGCACCACGGACAAAAGCUGGACCGGGAAGGAUGUGACAUGUAAUGCUGUUGACUGUGGGAGCCUCGAUCCUCCCAAGAACGGCUCUUUAAUCGUAAAAGAAACUACUUACCCAAACCAUGCGGAGAUCAGGUGCGAUGAAGGAUUCACCCUGCUCGGAUCACGAAGACGAACAUGUCAAGCGAACGGAACGUGGAGUGGAAAUAUAGCGGAAUGUAAAGCGGUUGACUGUGGUGCUUUAUCCGUCCCUACCAAUGGUUCUUUCAUUGGCACCGAAACGACAUUUCCUAACGAGAUAAGAUUCCGUUGCGACACUGGAUUCGAUCUGUUUGGGUCCUCUGUAAGGAUGUGCAUGCCUGACAAGAGCUGGAAUGGUGUAAAGACAGUUUGUAAAGCCGUGGACUGUGGGAAGCUUCCUCAUCCCACGAACGGCUCAGUGAUAGGGAAAGAGACAACCUUCCCGAACGAAGUGGAAAUCAGCUGUGACAAAGGUUUCAUUUUACGUGGAUCUCACCGUAGGAAAUGUAAAGCGGACAGAAAUUGGAGCGGAGACACUACAGUCUGUGAAGCCAUCAACUGCGGCAAGCCAACACUGCCAGACCAUGGGUCCGUCUCAGGAGUAUCUACUAGAUACCCUCACUCAAUAACGUUUACUUGCAUUAUCGGAUACGAAAUCUAUGGGUCUGUUGUGAGAAGAUGCCAAGCUAAUGGGACAUGGAGUGGAAAUAAAACUACCUGUAAACCGGUUGACUGUGGGCUCCUUCAGAGACCAAACAAUGGUACUAAGGUCGGCAAUAAAACAACUUUCUUAAAUGAAGUCAGUUUCUUUUGCAACAAGGGAUUUUAUAUGUUGGGAUCCUCAAAGAGAACUUGUCAGGCUGAUAAGCAAUGGAGUGGAGUCAAGACUUUCUGUAGAGCUAAAGACUGUGGGCCCAUUCAAGCACCAAGGAAUGGAACUAAACAUGGAAGUCAGACCACUUAUCUGAACAAAAUUUUGUUCACUUGCGACAAUGGGUUUAAUUUGAUUGGCUCAAAUGAGAGACAGUGUACAUCAGAUGGAGUUUGGAGUGGUGCUGAAACUUUGUGUGAAGCCAAAGACUGUGGACCAAUACGCACACCCAUAAAUGGCACCAAACAUGGUACAAAAACCACUUACCCAAGCAGGGUCACAGUUACCUGUAACAGUGGCUUUCAUUUAAGAGGUUCAUCUGAACGGGAAUGCAUGUCAGAUGGUGUGUGGAGUGGAGUUGAAGCAUAUUGUGAAGCUAAAGACUGUGGCUCGCUUGAGAUUCCCACAAAUGGAUCCUUAGUUGGACUGACCCUGACAACUUUUCCAAACUCCUUGACCUUUGCUUGUGAUGAUGGGUUUGAACUGAAAGGAUCUGUAGUAAGAUAUUGUCAAGCAAAUGCAUUGUGGAGUGGUAAUAAAACCUUUUGUCAAGCUAAAGAUUGUGGACCAAUUGAAUCACCAACCAACGGAUCCCUUUUUUUUGGAGACAGAACAACUUAUCCUCACAUAGUGCUGUUCAGUUGUGACAAGGGGUUUCUGCUGAAAGGAUCAAACCUCAGACGUUGCACCUCAGAAGGUGUUUGGAGUGGAAUGCCAGCCUCGUGUGAAGCCAGGGACUGUGGUCCACUUCCUUUCCUAUUGAAUGGAACUGCCAUUGGGCAAAGGACGGUUUAUCCUAAUGAAAUAAUAUUUAACUGUGAUGCUGGAUUCAACUUGGUUGGCUCAAGGAUAAGGAGAUGUCAGUCCACUGGAAUUUGGAGUGGAAAGCAAACUUCCUGCCAAGCGCUGGACUGUGGUCACAUCAAAACGCCACAGAAUGGAAGUAAAUUCGGAGAGGAAACAACGUAUCCUCAUUCCAUAAGAUUUUCUUGUGACGAAGGCUUCAUACUUUUGGGAUCUUCUGUAAGAUACUGUCUUUCCACUGGAAUAUGGAGUGGUCAGCAGGCUUUGUGUCAAGCCAAAGACUGCGGUCCACUUGCAUUGCCGUUAAAUGGAUCUUCCUUUGGAAGCGACACUACCUUCCCAGAUGUCAUAUCAUUCUACUGCGAUGUCGGCUUCAUAAUGAUUGGGACACAAACAAGAAAAUGUCAGGCAAACGGCAAAUGGAGUGGCAACGAAACAACUUGUAGAGCUGUUGAAUGCGGUUCCCUAGCGAUUCCAACGAAUGGUUCUACGUAUGGCGAACUUACUACUUAUCCCAAUAAGGUGUACUUCAAUUGCGAUGAGGGAUUUGUCCUCCAAGGAUCUUCUAUAAGAGUUUGCAUGGCAAAUGGAUCUUGGAGUGGAACUGAGACUCUCUGUGAAGCUAUUAACUGCGGUGAAUUAGCUGUUCCGCAAAAUGGAACGUUGCAGGGAUCUGCCACUACCUUCCCGAAUGGAGUUGAUUUUUCUUGCGACGAGGGCUUUGUGCUCGAAGGAUCUGAUUUCAGAAGGUGCCAAGCCAAUGGAACAUGGAGUGGAGGGAACACGUAUUGCAGAGCUAAAGACUGUGGAAAAUUACCUUUUCCAAUGAAUGGUUCAGUUUUUGGAAGUCAAACUACUUUUCCAAACAAGCUACAAUUCUCAUGUGACAACGGCUUUGACCUGAUUGGGUCCACUGUCAGGAGGUGUGAGGCAGACGGGAUGUGGAGUGGACAACAAACAGCUUGUCAAGCUAUUGAUUGUGGACCAUUGCCUUUACUUCUAAAUGGCACCUAUCUAGGAAAUUUGACCACGUAUCCAAAUGAGGUGUUAUCAUUCUGCGAUGAGGGGUUUUUGUUAAGAGGUUCAGCACGAAGAUUCUGCCAGGCGAACAGAACUUGGAGCGGCAUCCAAACAACAUGUGCAGCGGUUGAUUGUGGACCUCUACCUGUUCUUAUCAAUGGUUCUUCUUACGGAUCGCUGACCUACUUUCCGAAUUCGAUACAAUUUUUUUGUGAUUCUGGAUUUCUUUUGAGAGGCUCAUCAGGGAGAAGUUGUUUACCUACUGGUUUGUGGAGCGGAAGCAAUACCACCUGUGAAGCAAUUGAUUGCGGAACACUUGCUGUGCCUGUGAAUGGGAGUUUUAAGGGAACCAGGACUUAUUUUCCGAACGUAUUACAGUUUUCUUGCGAUGAAGGCUUUAUCCUGGGCGGGGCUACAGAAAGGCAAUGUUUAGCCGACGGUUCAUGGAGCGGAAAUGACAUAUCAUGCAAAGCGGUUGACUGUGGCCCUUUGCCUGUUCCAAGAAAUGGAUCCUCUCAUGGCGACAUGACUGUUUACCCCAAUAGUGUCUGGUUUUUCUGUGACGCUGGAUUCUUUCUGAAGGGAUCGUCGAGAAGAAUAUGCCAGGCAAAUGGAACUUGGAGUGGCUCUUUGGCAAACUGCAAUCCUGUUGAAUGCGGACAAGUCGCAGCCCCUGCAAAUGGCUCUGUACGUGGAAAUUACACAACAUUCCCAAACAAACUGCAUUUUUACUGCGACGAUGGAUUUAUACUGAGCGGAUCGUUUAUAAGACGUUGUACUGAAACUGGGACAUGGAGUGGUGAACAAACAGUGUGCAUUGCGAAGGACUGUGGCCUCCUUAGGACUCCUCGGAAUGGUUCCAUGUUGGGAACUGAGACCACCUUUCCCAAUGUGGUAACAUUUACUUGUGAUGAAGGGUUUUUGAUGGAUGGUCCGAACAGCAGGAGAUGCCAAAACGAUGGAACUUGGAGUGGAAACGAAACAAUAUGCGCAGCCAUUGAUUGUGGGCAGUUAAAGAGUCCUACAAAUGGAUCAUUGCAUGGUGAACGUACAGUGUUUCCUGAAAGCUUACGAUUUAGUUGUGAUAUUGGUUUUGUAAUGGGUGGAUCACCUGUUCGACAAUGCCAACCAAACGGAACAUGGAAUGGGACUGAAACCACUUGCAGUGCGAUUGAUUGUGGUAGACCUCCAACUCCACUAAAUGGCUCAGUGUAUGGAGAUAAAACCACGUAUCCUAACAUUUGGCACUUUUCAUGUGACGAGGGGUUCACUCAGCAUGGUUCUACAGAAAGGAGGUGUCAGCCAAAUGGAACUUGGAGUGGGAAGAAUACUUUUUGCCAAGCAAAUGACUGUGGAAACCUAUCAGUUCCGCAAAACGGAUCCCUGUUUGGGAGUGAGACAACUUUUCCAAACGUCAUUACCUUCAGCUGUGACGAGGGUUUCCUAUUGAAAGGAUCGAAAGUCAGAAAGUGUCAAGCCAAUAAGACAUGGACUGGAAACACUACUUAUUGCGAUGCUGUCGAUUGUGGCUCACUUGACUCUCCAAUGAAUGGCUCUUUUUCCGGUAACCUCACGGUUUUUCCAAAUAGCGUUCGGUUUGAUUGUGAUGCGGGGUUUAUUCUUAGUGGUUCCUCUGUGAGAACGUGUCAGUCGAAUGGUAUCUGGAGCGGAUCUGAAACAAAUUGUAGUGCUAUUGAUUGUGGGCCAUUACCUGUUCCACAAAAUGGAAGUUUAUUGGGCAAAAUGACCGUAUACCCCAGCAUUCUGCAAUUUUCCUGUGACGAAGGAUUUACGCUGCACGGAUCUAGUUACAGAAAGUGUCAAACAAAUGGAGCAUGGAGUGGAAACAGCUCUUUUUGCAAAGCGAACGAUUGUGGUCCUUUGUCAGUACCUACGAACGGCACCUCAUUCGGAAAUCUAACAACGUUUCCAAACGAGAUAAGCUUUACAUGUGAUGAAGGUUUCAUUUUACAUGGAUCUGUUUUGAGACAAUGCCAAGCUAACAAGUUGUGGAGUGGAAAUGACACAUUUUGUGAAGCUGUUGAUUGCGGUCACUUAGACAGUCCAAAGAAUGGCUCGUUGUCCGGCGACUCGACAGUGUUCCCAAGUAGUCUACAAUUUCAGUGUGAUUUGGGGUUCAUUCUUAAAGGAUCCAGAAUUAGAAAGUGCCAAGCGAAUGGCACAUGGCAUGGAUUUAAGACCUCUUGCCAUGCUAUUGAUUGCGGACAGCUACAAGCACCUCACAAUGGAACCAUGAUCGGUAAAAAUACGACCUAUCCCAACAUGCUGUUGUUUACUUGUGAUGUUGGGUUUACACUAGUCGGAGCCGUUGUUAGGAAGUGUCAAGCAAAUGGAACAUGGAGUGGAACCGACGCACUAUGCCAAGCAAAUGACUGCGGACCUUUGUCCGUUCCCUUGAAUGGCAGCCUUACUGGUAAACUGACUACUUAUCCCAACAAGGUCAGCUUUGGUUGUGAUAAAGGUUUUGUUCUGAGAGGGUCUGCAGUGCGACAAUGUCAACCUAAUAAACAGUGGAGUGGAAAUGACACAUUUUGUGAAGCAAAAGAUUGUGGAGUGCUUGCUAUACCCAUGAAUGGAUCGCUGGAAGGAUCACUCACAACCUUUCCGAACAAAAUUAGUUUCGGCUGUGAUGAAGGCUUCAUCCUGAGAGGCUCAAAAGUUCGGAGGUGUCUAUCAAACGGGAAAUGGUGUGGAAACAAAACAUUUUGCGAAGCUGUAGACUGUGGUGUUCUUUCAUCUCCUUUAAAUGGAUCCUCUUCUGGAAAUCGGACGGUGUACCCUAAUAGUGUGCGAUUGUGGUGUGAUUCUGGAUUCGUUUUGCAUGGUUCCUGGCUAAGAACUUGCCAAUCUAAUGGAAAAUGGGAUGGAAACGAAACCAUUUGUGAAGCUAUCGAUUGUGGAGAGCUUAUGACCCCACAGAAUGGCACUAUGUUUGGGAAAGUGACAACGUACCCAAAUAUCUUAAGGUUUAAUUGUGACGAAGGCUUUAUUUUGACCGGAUCGUCUGUGAGGAAAUGCGGAUCUAAUGGUACUUGGAGUGGCAAUGAAACUAAGUGUCAAGCGAAAGAUUGCGGUCCUCUAGCCGUUCCAGUGAACGGCUCGUCUAUUGGCGAUCUGACAGUAUUUCCACACAAAGUCGUCUUCAAUUGCGAUGAAGGAUUUCUCCUCAGCGGCUCUCAUAUCAGGGUUUGUCAAGCUAACGGAACUUGGAGUGGGGAUCAGACAUUCUGUCAAGCUGUUGACUGUGGUCCUUUGUCUGUUCCUGCGAAUGGCUCCUCUCUUGGUGCAGCAACAGUUUUUCCAAAUAGUCAGCAUUUUAUCUGUGAUCCUGGAUUCAUCCUAAACGGAUCUGCUUUAAGGACGUGUCAGCCUAAUGGAACAUGGAGUGGCUUUACAACCACAUGUAGUGCUGUUGACUGUGGUCGGCCUCAACCUUUGCGAAAUGGGAGCGUCAUUGGAGAAAACACAGUGUAUCCAAAUUUUGUCAUUCACAAUUGCGACGAAGGUUUUAUCCUUCGAGGCCCCGCUGAGAUAAAAUGCCAAACUAAUGGAACCUGGAGUCAAACUGAUAGCUUUUGUGAAGCUAAGGAUUGCGGCAAUCUUUCAAAGCCCAUAAAUGGUUCCAUGACGGGUCUUGAAACAACGUUUCCCAACAAAGUUUCUUUUAAUUGCGAUGAAGGAUUUAUUUUAAGUGGUUCAAGUGUGAGGUACUGCCAAUCAAAUGGGUCCUGGAGUGGCACAGAGACCACGUGCACAGCUGUCGACUGUGGUUCUUUACCUGCACCCAUGAAUGGCUCAUCUCAUGGUGUGGCUACAGUGUUCCCCAACGGUAUACAAUUUAGUUGUGAACCUGGCUUUAUUUUAAGUGGUUCAGCGGAGAGAACUUGUCAGCCCAAUGGAACUUGGAGUGGAGUCACAACAGUAUGCACUGCGAUAGAUUGUGGCCCUCUCGCUGUCCCAACAAAUGGCUCCAGUAUUGGUUUUCUUACAACUUUUCCAAACAAGAUCGACUUUAGUUGUGACGAAGGUUUUUUCUUGAGAGGCUCUCAAACCAGGCAUUGUGAGGAAAAUGGAACAUGGAGUGGAAAUCAGACCUUUUGUCAAGCUGUUGAUUGUGGUUCCUUAUCUGUUCCUGUGAACGGCUCCUCUUCUGGUGAUUACACGUUAUUUCCGAAUAGUGUGCUUUUUAACUGUGAUACGGGCUUCAUUCUCAGUGGAUCUACUGUAAGGACAUGCCAGCCUAAUGCGACAUGGAGUGGUUCUCCAACUACUUGCAGUGCCAUUGACUGCGGUUCGUUAUCUGUUCCCAUGAAUGGAUCUUCCUCUGGUAACUCAACGGUGUUCCCCAAUAGCGUACACUUUCAAUGUGAUCCUGGUUUUCUUCUCAAUGGAUCUGCCAUAAGAACUUGUCAGGCAAAUGGGACGUGGGGUGGACUUGAAAGUCUUUGCAUUGCUGUUGAUUGUGGCAAUCCUCAGCCUUUGCAGAAUGGAAGUAUUGUUGGCAAUAAGACAGUCUAUCCAAAUAGUGUCACUCACAGAUGUGAUGAAGGAUUCAUUCUACAUGGCUCCUCAAGGAUUACUUGUCAGACAAAUGGAACAUGGAGCAAAACUUCAAGCUAUUGCGAAGCCAGAAACUGCGGUGUUCUGGAUAUUCCUGUCAAUGGUUCAAUAACUGGAAGCAAAACAACCUAUCCUAGUAAACUUCAUUUUAGCUGCGAUGACGGAUUCAUCUUAAGAGGAUCCACUACAAGACAGUGUCUAGCAGAUGGGACUUGGAGUGGUAAUGACACCUCUUGUGAAGCUGUUGAUUGUGGUCGUCUAUUGGUUCCCGUAAACGGCUCUUCUUCUGGUAACUUCACAGUUUUUCCCAAUAGUGUGAUAUUCAAAUGUGAUCCUGGAUUCAAUCUCUAUGGAUCCCCCAUGAGGAUGUGUCAGGCUAAUGGAACUUGGAGUGGAAAAGCGGUUUCAUGUUCUGCGAAAGAUUGUGGUCCGCUUGCAGCUCCGACGAACGGUUCUUCAAUAGGCGAACUGACAUUUUUUCCAAAUGAGAUCGCCUUUGAUUGUGAUAAAGGUUUUCUUCUCAAGGGCUCUUCCAUCAGGCAUUGUCAAACAAAUGGGAACUGGAGUGGAAAUCAGACCUUUUGCAAAGCUGUUGAUUGUGGUCUUUUAUCAAAUCCCACGAACGGCUCCUCUUCUGGGGAAUCUACAGUGUUCCCCAAUAGUGUGCUAUUUGACUGCGAUUCAGGGUUCAUUCUCAGUGGAUCCCACGAAAGAAAAUGCCUGGCGAAUGGAUCCUGGAGCGGUUUCCCGACCGUAUGCAGUGCCGUUGACUGUGGUCCUCUAUCCGCUCCGAAGAAUGGUUCCUCAACUGGUAACUUAACAGUGUUUCCCAAUGGUGUAGCAUUUAACUGCGAUCCUGGAUUCCUUCUUAAUGGUUCUGCUACGAGGAAGUGCCAGGCAAAUGGAACGUGGAGUGGCUUACAAGCUGUAUGUAAUGCUAUUGACUGUGGUAUGCCCCAGCCCUUAAAGAAUGGCACCGUCAUCGGAGAAUUUACUGUGUAUCCCAAUUUUGUGACUCACAUUUGCGAUGAAGGAUUCGUUCUUCGCGGUCCUCCAAAAAUAAAGUGUCAGACGAAUGGAACCUGGAGCAAAAGUUCCACCUUUUGUGAAGCCAAGGAUUGUGGGGCGCCUGUUGUUCCUGUGAAUGGCUCUGCAACUGGACAAAAAACUACUUUUCCAAAUGAAGUUACCUUUAGCUGUGACGAAGGAUUUAUUUUGAAUGGUUCAACAGUCAGGCGAUGCCAGGCUAAUGGGUCCUGGAGUGGAGUUCAAACAUCUUGCAGAGCUGUCGAUUGCGGUCCUCUCUCGGCUCCUAAGAACGGAUCUUUCGUUGGUGACUCCACAGUCUUCCCUAAUAGCCUGCUCUUUGCUUGCAAUCUCGGAUUCAUUCUUGAUGGAUCCUAUAGGAGGACAUGUCAGGCAAACGGGACGUGGGAUGGGCUUGAAACUGUUUGUAUUGCAAAAGAUUGUGGUGCCUUGGAAAUCCCAGCAAAUGGUUCUUUACAUGGUGAUCUUACUACUUUUCCGAACAAGGUCGACUUUAGUUGUGACCAAGGAUUUCUUCUCAGCGGUUCGCAAACCAGGCGAUGUCAGGGAAAUGGAACUUGGAGCGGAAUUCAGACAUAUUGUGAAGCUGUAGACUGUGGCCCCUUGUAUGUUCCGAUGAACGGCUCCGCUUCUGGUAACUCCACGGUGUUCCCAAAUAGUGUGCAGUUUAGCUGUGACCCUGGAUUUAUUCUUAAUGGCUCUGCUGUGAGAACGUGUCAACCUCAUGGAACUUGGAAUGGGACUAAAACUGUAUGUGUGGCUGUUGAUUGUGGACCUUUACCUGUUCCUACGAAUGGUUCCUCUUCUGGAGACUCCACAGUCUUCCCUAAUGCUAUACAAUUUAGUUGUGAUCCAGGGUUCAUUUUGAGUGGAUCUGCCUCAAGGAUGUGCCAGACUAACGGAACAUGGAGUGGUUUCUCCAUUGAAUGUAGUGCUAUCGACUGUGGUUGGCCUGAGCCAUUACAGAAUGGAAGUAUCAUUGGAAAGUUUACUGUGUACCCGAACUCUGUGCGCCACAUUUGCGAUAAGGGAUUUGUUCUUCGUGGUUCUCCUGAGAUAAAAUGCCAGGCAAACGGAACAUGGAGCAAAACGUCUAGUUUUUGUGAAGCUAAGGACUGCGGUGCUCUUGAGGUCCCUUUGAACGGUUCUAUUACUGGACGUGAAACGACCUUUCCGAAUGAAGCCAUACUGAGCUGUGAUGUUGGGUUUAUUUUAUACGGAUCGUCAUUCAGGCGCUGUCAAGCAAACGGAACAUGGAGUGGUACUAAAACUGUUUGCAAAGCUGUUGACUGCGGCUCAUUAUCCGCUCCAAGGAAUGGCAGUUCACUUGGAAACUUUACGGUGUUUCCUAAUGAAUUAUUGUUCUACUGUGAUCCUGGAUUUUUGCUUGGUGGUUCCUCCACAAGAACAUGCCAGGCUAAUGGUACAUGGAGUGGAAUAGAGACAAUUUGUACUCCCGUGGAUUGCGGUCCGCUACGACCUUUGCAAUACGGGAGUUACAACGGGACAAGUACAGUGUUCCCAAACGUUGUGAAUGCAGUUUGUGAUAUGGGAUUCAUUCUUCGAGGAUCUUCUCGUAUUAAGUGUCAAGUAAACGGAACGUGGAGUUCGAAUGACACUUUUUGUGACGCAAAGGACUGUGGAAAUCUACCAAGGCCUCUCAACGGGUCCGUGAUCGGUGACAAGACGACGUAUCCAAGCGAAGUGGAAUUUGAGUGUGAUGCAGGAUUUAACCUCCAAGGAUCCACCAUCAGGAGAUGUGGGGCCGAUGGUCAAUGGAGUGGAGUGGAGGUUAAAUGCCGAGCGGUUGAUUGUGGUCCUUUAGCUAUUCCUGAACAUGGUUUUGCCCAUGGCAAUUCCACAACAUAUCCCAAUACGGUCACCUUUAGUUGUAACACAGGAUUUUCCUUACACGGAACAUCUUCCCGAACAUGCCAAGCGGACGGGACAUGGACGAGUGGAAAAACACAUUGCCAAGGAGAAGAUUGUGGAAAGCUACUGCCUCCCGUAAAUGGUUGGAUGUUUGGUUCCGACACAUCUCAUCCCAGUGAGGUGUUGUUCAGUUGUGCAACUGGGUACAGUAGGGUUGGGUCGUCUCAAAGAACUUGCUUGAGGAAUGGUUCAUGGAGUGGCCAACAACCGAAAUGCCUCCCGAACCGGUGUAGCCAGGCUCCGGAUGUCCCUGCGUUUGCAUACCAGACGUGGACAGCAAAGAACAAGCGCUAUGAGGACGGAGAACGCAUCUACUACAGCUGUAAAGCAGGCCUUAUGAUGGUCGGCAUUCCGAGGAGAACAUGUGUGAAGGGUCGCUGGACAAAAGCUAAUUUCCGCUGCAGCGCGCCAAGUUGUGAUGCUCCUCCAGUCCCAAAAUUUGCCUACCUUACAUUGGCACGUGGUGCACGGAGCAAAUACCUCAACGGUGAAACUGCAUACUACAGUUGUCAGGCUGGUUAUGAGCUGAUAGGAAUUCCUUAUAUUGAGUGUAAAGACAGCGGCUGGACAAAAAUAGACUUUAGUUGUAAAGGUACCUGUACUGUUAACAUAAAAGAGCGAAGAUCAUUUGUCUUUUGUACAAUUUUGAACUAUGUUGAUUUGGUUCGCCAAACUAGUGUCCAUGUAUCUCCCUCGGGUAAACAUGGCGGAAACGCCGACAGCAUCUUUAAAUUACCACGAGAAAAGGAAUUUUACGUGAUCAAAGAUGAAAAACCUAAUCCAUAAGAGAUAAACAUUGGAUCGGAAGUCAUCGUAGCUUCCAAAGACAAAGUCGGUUUUUCCCAAGGCAAAGUGACGCAGAAAUAUUACUCUUGGUAUGGAGUUGAACUUGGCAACGGAGAGACGAUUUGGGGCACUGUGGACGAAAUCAGGCUACUGAAAAGGCCAAUUUACUGUGAAAAAGAAUACAUAACGGCAUGA